AUGCUAGAUUUGUGUGGUACAACAAGGGAAGUUCAUUUACUAAUCAAACAACACCUCCAAGACCUCCAACACACUCUUCGUCGAGCCAAGAUUGAAGAGUUUGACUUCGACGCCCACAUCGUGGCACACACCCUACACCGGAAGAAGCUCAAGAAGAAGGUGGCUAAAUGCCUUAGAAUCACAAAAGGGACGAUGAAGAGUAAAUGUUUUACGUCCGAUCUUUCGCUUUUAGACCAUAGUCUUAUAGUUGUUGUGCAUGUUUUAAGGGAGGUUAAAGGGGCUACUAUUUCUAUUUUAGAGUCUCUUUUAUCUCUUGUUAUAUUGCCAACUACUAUACCUAGUGUUAAUCAUGGCAAAAGUUCAUCGUUCGCCUCGAAAUUAAGGCGAAUAAAUUGCCAAAGAUUGUUAGAGAGAUGUGAUUCAAUGGAUAUUGUAGUGGCAAAUAAGAGAUUAGAGGAAGUAGCAAGUGCCAUGGAAGAGCUUGAAGUUGAGUUAGAGUCUAUUAUUAGGCGGUUGACGAGAACUAGAGUUUUACUCCUUAACAUUCUCACUAAUUAA